AUGGUGAGAAAUUAACAUACAAAUAUCCAAAAUGUGUUUCAAUUUUAUUAUCAAAUUACAUUGUUAUUUUAGAACUUACAUAAUUAAAAUAAAAUUUUUUAUUUCUUUCAAGUUGCUUCUUUUUUGAAUUACUAUGAAAUGCUUAAAAAUAAAUAUGAUCAAUUCUAAGCUUCAAGAGUAAUUACUCAUUGAUUCCUCAGGGAAGGUUGUAAUUCUGGAGAGAAGAAUGCAGAAAAGAUUUUAGCAAAGACUCUAAAGAGAUUACAUGUGUAGAACCCAGAGUUUGCGAAAAUUAAAAAGAAGACUAAAUCGAAUAAAGUUUAUCAUUAAAACUUAAGUAGAAUAGAUUUAUUUAUUAUUUUUUAAAAGUGAUUGGUAUUUAUCACUAAAAGGAAAAGCAAACAUAACUUAUAAAAGUAUUAAAUAUAUUUCCAUUUAUAAAGAAUAUUUGUCUUUCAUUAGAAAAAGUACAUGCACCUCUGUUCAAAUUAAAUCAUAACAAAAGGAUUGUUUUUUAAUUCAAUUAGUUAGUAUUUGGUUUGCUUAAAAUUUAAGAUAAUGGAUAGCAUCUUUAUUAAUUUCAUUUUUUUAUAAUUAACCUUUCCUCUAAAAAGGUAGAACCGAUUAAUGA